CCGUAAACUGUAAAGUGAGAUCAAACGUGUUAUGAUUUAUCGGGAGUUUAGAGUUAGUUAAUUUUAAUUCCAUUUCUAAGGAACUGAAAGCAAGGCUGGAUUACUGUGUUGAGUGUGUUCUCAUUACGUUUGACUUCUUGAUGAUUGAAAAGCCAUGCAGCAAUCUAUUGUUAUUGACGAUGAUGACGGCCAAGAACCCGAAACCAGCGCUUCUUCUCCGAGUUCUCCGACUGCCCCGGAAUCUCCCCAAGCGCCGAAUAAUUCCUCCGCUGCGAAGGUUUCCGCAAAAGAAUACUAUGAGGCAUUCUUCGUUAACCCCGUAUGCAAGACUGAAUAUGCUAAAGGACAGGCGAGAAGCUGGAAAAAGUACUCCGCGACGUGUAAACUGUGUGCUGAAUCGGAUGCAAAGAGACUGGUGAAUGGAGGAGCGGAUAGUUUCGACGCGUUCAAAAAACAUGUCACGCGGCAUCAUUCAAAGACGAAGGACUACAUGGAGUUUAUUGCUAAGAAAGUCAAAGAUAACGAAAUCUCGCGAACAAAGCUAUCCAGAGAGCAGCCCACCAUGACCGAUUUCGUGAUACAGAAAGCAGAACCGUAUGGCAAGAACCAUUGGAAACAGAUUCGGCUAAAUGACGCUGUCGGAAAUAUUAUGCUAAAAACCCUCGCACCGCCGUCCAUGCUUGGCGACAUAAGUUUCGAUGAGGCUAUCAAGAUUGGUGACAGCAAACUCAAGUGGCCUCGACGACACCAGCUGACACGCCACAUCCUGCCAAAAUUCGAAAAAGAAAUUCGUGAGAAAAUACAGAUCUUGUUGUCUACUACCACAGCUGUAUCACUGAACGUGGAUUUGUGGACGAGCAAGAGAUGCCAUGGCUAUAUGGGUGUAACUGUUUCGUUUAUCGAUGAAAAAUUUCGCCUGCGAAAUUUCGUGUUAGGAUGUCCGCGUUUUAAAGAGUCGCACACUGCAGAGAAUAUUUUUCAACUAGCUACCGUCUUGAUACUCGACUACAACUUGAAGGAUGUCCUGCAUUAUGUUGGGCUUGACAACGGCCGAAAUUUUGUAAAUGCUUUUGACGACUGGAUGCCAAGCCUUUUUCCCGCGGAGUUUUUGCGCAAACCGGAUGCGGAAGAUGAACACGUUGUCGAUGAGGACGGAUUUAAUGACUGCGUGGAAUCCGUAGAAAACGAUGAUGAAAGAGCGGAGGAAAGCGACCUUGAUUUUGAUUCCCAGCGCACAGAGCAAGCGUUUCAAAAAAUCCGUGACACAUACUGCCGGAUUCCCGAUAGAAACAUUGUGGUCCGGUGCGCGGCGCACACCUUAUCUUUGGCCAUUGGUAGCGCAAUGGCAGAUGCGCAGGUUAUCAACCAAGUUAUUGAAGGUCUUGCUGGGAUCGUUAACCGUGUUAAGCAUUCGCAGUCGGAGACAACCAUUCUGGAGGAAGCGUUCAAGAAAACCUUUGUCAGCCGCAAUCAGACCAGAUGGAACUCGAACUUUUUAAUGGCCAAGCGGGCAGCGGAAUUUGAUUGGGAAAGAUGUGGACUCUCUCAGAAAAAUAUUUUGAAACCUGCGCACCGCCUUGUAUUGCAAGCGUUUGUAAAUCUUAUGGAAGUUUUCAAUGCAUCGUUUAAGAUUCUGCAGACGGCUGACUAUCCUGUAAUUGGAGACGUUAUUCCUAUUUUAUGUGGGCUUCGCAGGCAUAUCAAAACAUGCCAAAAGAAUAUAGACUUCGUGUUAUUGCAAGAUUUUAUGAAAGGCUUGCUGAAACAACUAGACGAAAGAUUUGGUGCUGUGGAAAAAGACAACCUGUACCUUGCCGCUGCUUUUUUGGAUCCCAAAUAUAAGCUUCUGUGGUGUAAUAGUUUUGGACCUGAGAAAUCUGCUGAGAUGGUUCUCAAAAUCAAGGCGCUCAUGCUGGGCAUGAUGCAAGAAGUUGGCUGCGGUCAAGACGUGCAGUUUUGAAGAAAGCAAGAAUAGUUUUGUCGGUCCGGAUUUCCUGAACUUUUUAUACAGAGGACAAAGUAGCUUGUCGAUGCGACAGGACAGCGGAAGUGACAAAGCUGCAACGUGCGAAACUGAACUAGAGAUGUAUAUUGCCUCUUCGUGGAUAGGGACAAACCCCUUGGAAUUCUGGAAAAGUGCUGAAGCGGCCUGCUUGCCACGUUUGAAAAUUCUUGCCAAACAAGUUUUAUGCGCUCCAGCAACGACCGCUGACGUCGAACGGAUGUUUAGUGUUGCGGGAAUUUUGCUCAGUAACAGGAGAUUAAAAACUUCGGAUGAGCAUUUCGAGAGAUUACUGUUUUGUAGUAUUAAUAAGCGGCGGUUAGAUGGUGAUUUAAAUGUCGGUGGUAAGAGAAAGCUGAAUAGUUGACGGUGAUAAUAAAAUGU